GCCUUCGACGGCUACGCCGCGGCUUCCAAGUUCUCCUUGGUGGACUGGAAGCCGUCCCGCAACAACGGGACACCCAGCGCAGUCGGUUUGGCCACAGGCGCCACACAACCGCCCACGCACAUCGCCCAACACAUCAACACCCGCCAUUGCAAAGCCAAGGAUGGUGGAUCUAGGCCCAGGCAGCCCGACGUCCUUGCCGAUUCCUCAAAGGCGGGCAUUCGGCAGCAUGCUCUCUGUGACGUCGCAGCGGUCGUCCAUGGAGUCACUGAUGGAUGUGCUUCACACACAUAGUGUGGUCAAGAAGAACGCCUCAAGAAAGGUUGCUUCCAGAUUAGCUAUGCUGGCAGGAAGGCUGCACCACAAGGUCUUCCUGUUACGGGCCAAGCAAAAGAACGCUUGCGAGCUGGCCCGGUCCUGCCGCAAGCGUGUGAUAACAACGCGGACGAAGCGGCAGGAGGAGAAGAACAUAGCAGCGGCUGCCAUUCACUCCAGGCAGCUGGAGGAAUGGGGACCAAAUCCGGUGAUGUCUACCUCGGUGCGCCGUGCACGGAAACAGGUUCAAGAAGCUGAAGAGGUGCGGGAAAUAAAGUGCCCCGCAUAG